CCGGUUAUGGACGUGUGUCUGAGCUCCGUGCAGCAGCCCGGGUGCGUGGGGGGAGAACCGAGCUCCCCAGCUGGCUGGUUGGAGGCUGAGAAGGAGGGGGCUCUCCAGAAAGAUGGCGCCGGGGGACCCCCGGGAGGUUCUAACAAGAUAGAGCCAACUCUUCAUAGCCUCCAGAAAUUUGUUCCUACAGAUUAUGCCAGCUACACUCAGGAGUAUUAUCGGUUUGCAGGCAAGAAGAUAGUCAUUCAAGAAUCCAUAGAGAGUUAUGGAGCAGUGGUGUGGCCAGGGGCUACAGCUUUGUGUCACUAUUUGGAGGAACAUACAGAUGAACUGAAUCUCCAAGAUGCUAAAAUACUUGAAAUUGGCGCCGGACCAGGCCUUGUUUCCAUCGUGGCCAGUAUUUUAGGAGCUCAAGUCACAGCAACGGAUCUGCCUGAUGUCUUAGGAAACCUUCAAUAUAAUCUUUUAAAAAACACACUGAAAUGUACAGCACACCUGCCUGAAGUGAAAGAACUGGUAUGGGGGGAAAACCUGGAACAAAACUUCCCCAAGUCAACUUUUUAUUAUGAUUAUGUUCUGGCCUCGGAUGUAGUCUACCACCAUUACUUCCUGGACAAGCUGCUCACCACCAUGGUGUACUUUUCCCAGCCAGGGACUGUGCUGCUUUGGGCAAACAAGUUCAGAUUCAGCACAGAUUAUGAAUUUUUGGAUAAAUUCAAUCAAGUUUUUGAUACGACACUCUUGGCUGAAUAUCCAGAGUCAUCUAUCAAACUUUUUAAGGGGAUACUAAAAUGGGACUAAAUCAAACAAAAUGCCGUUCAAAAC